UGUGGCCGCUGCCGGCCGGGGGUUCGCGGCGCCCUCGGAGCCUUCUGUGCAGCCGAGCCCGUGGCAUUUUGGUUUGGAAGAUGGCACAUAACACCGGGGCCUUUUCCUCUGGCAGCAGACUCGGGGGUGCAAAAGUAUGACACAAGUUUGAAGUUUGUGUCUACUUCCCCAAGGUCAAGAAAUUGUCUCCUUGGAAGGCAACAAUACUAUGCAUGUUAUGAAUUGUGUCUCCUUGGUCAGCGAUAAAGAAAAUGGGACUAUCGCCACAGCGGCUGGAUUCAUGAUUGAGCAAACGCCGCCACCUCCUCCUCCUCCUCCUCCACCCCCUCCACCUCCACCAUGCCCAUUUUCAGAGGAAGGCUUUCCUCCCUCUCCUCCCCCUCCCCCCCCAAAUCCACUCCCCGAGGGGCCUCCGGUCCCUCCUCCCCCUCCAGGACUGCCCCCAGCUUCUCACUUGAAUGGCUACAGCCACCUCGGUAAGAAAAAGCGGAUGAGAAGCUUUUUUUGGAAAACCAUUCCAGAGGAGCAAGUGCGGGGCAAAACCAACAUCUGGACCUUGGCAGCCAGGCAGCAGCAUCAGUAUCAGAUCGACACGAAGACCAUCGAGGAGCUCUUCGGGCAGCAAGAAGACGCCUCCAAGCCGUCCCUCUCCAGGAGAGGAGGACCUUUAAAUUCAUCCUUCAAGGAAGCGAGAGAGGAGAGUACUAUCUUGGAUGCAAAACGGAGCAUGAACAUUGGGAUAUUUCUUAAGCAAUUUAAGAAGUCUCCUCAGUCCAUUGUAGAAGAUAUUCAUCAAGGAAAGAGUGAGCAUUAUGGAUCAGAGACAUUGCGAGAAUUUCUUAAACUUUUGCCCGAGUCAGAGGAGAUAAAGAAAUUGAAUACGUUUGGUGGUGAUGUGUCCAAGCUGUCCCUGGCAGACUCUUUUCUGUACUGCUUAAUUCAGGUGCCAAACUAUUCGCUUCGGAUUGAAGCCAUGGUGCUAAAGAAGGAGUUUUUACCUUCUUGUUCUUCUCUGUAUACGGAUAUAACAAUUCUAAGAACGUCUAUAAAAGAGCUGAUGUCGUGCGAGGAGCUGCAUGCGAUACUACACUUGGUGCUACAGGCAGGAAACAUCAUGAAUGCGGGAGGGUAUGCUGGCAAUGCUGUAGGAUUUAAACUGUCUUCUUUGCUCAAAUUGGCAGACACAAAAGCAAACAAACCUGGGAUGAACCUUCUGCACUUUGUUGCACAGGAAGCCCAAAAGAACGAUGCCGUUCUUCUAAACUUCUCUGAAAAAUUGCAUCAUGUCCAGGAGGCUGCUAGAUUAUCUCUGGAAAACACGGAGGCCGAGCUGCACUCGCUGUUUGUCAGGACCCGAUCUGUGAAGGAAAACAUCCGGCGGGAUGAUGAACUCUGCCAGCAGAUGGAAGAUUUCCUUCAGUUCGCCUUAGAAAAGCUGACGGAACUGGAACACUGGAAACGAGAGCUGCAGGAGGAGGCCCACGCCCUCAUCGAUUUCUUCUGCGAAGACAAAGAGACCAUGAAGCUGGACGAAUGCCUUCAGAUAUUCCGAGACUUUUGUACCAAAUUCAGCAAAGCGGUUAAGGACAACCACAACCGGGAGGUGCAGGAGCAGAGGCAGCUGCGGCGGCUUCAGGAGCUGGAGCAGAAGCGGCGCUCCUGGGCAGCCGGGGAGCUCGGGGGAUUCGGCCGCAGCAGCAGUGAGAAUGACGUGGAGCAGCUGACCAAGAAGGAUUCAGAAGACCUGCCCCCUUUCCUGCACCGCAGGCCGGUCAGCCCCUCCUACCGCCGCCCCAACACCCGCCGCUCCCGCCUCUCCCUGGGCACCUCCGCCGACCGGGAGCUGCUGACCUUCCUGGAGAAGUCCCUGGGCAGCCCCGAGGAGGCCAACAAGUUCAACAGCCUGCCCUGGAGCAGCCCCCGGCAGUGCCGGCCCGCGAUGGCUUGGCUGGAGUCUGGGGAGCCAAGGGACCAGGACGCCAGCCGCACACAGAGACCUGGGGCCUCGGCGGGCCAGGAGGAAGCCCCUGACCCACCCUCAGCUUCGUGUGUCCAGCUCCUCGCCCCCCGGAUCGAGGAACCUGCUCCAGUUUUGCUCCGAACUCGGCGCAGUGGGCUCAGCAUGAUCCAAAACAGGAACAGUGAGCCUGUGGGCCUGGCGCCUGCCUGGUCCCCUCCACUCUCACCACUGACUCUGGGAAUUAAGGAGCACGAGCUGGUGACUGGGCUGGCCCAGUUUGACCUCCAGGGUCCCAAGGACCCAGAGGAGAUGCCCCAGCAGGACCCGACCAACUUCACCCCAGGGGAGCUGGCGUCUCCGGGAGACGGGAGCUUGCAGCCCCUCGGUGCUGGCGCUGGUGCUGACAGCAGUAGCCUGACUCCCAUGGGUACAGGUGCCCAGGGGAGUCCCAGCCCAGCCCCAGAGGGUGACGAGGCUACCCCCGAUGAGCCCAGCAUCGACCCUGAGAACAAAGAUCCUGGGCCCGUGUUCUCCAUCUCGGACACCACCGACUGCUCGCUGACCUUCGACUGCUCAGAGGAAGCUGACUCCAGGCCUGGCGAUGGGGGGCCGGGGGAGGCCGGUGAAGGGGAUGGCUCUGUGUCCCCUGGAGCGGGGGAGACAGGUGGCAGCCCAGUAUCUCCUCACCCUCUCUCCAGCCCCGCUGGGGAGACCCCUGUCCCUGCCUCUGUGAAGAGUGGGCCCAGCUGCAAGGGUGGCCUUUCCAGGGACAGGCCCUCCAAAGGGAAGGAUGGGAUAGCACCAAAGAGAAACUCCCUCAAAGAGGCGUCCCAGGGGGCGCCCAAGCCCGGGCCGGUGUCGCGAGGCCAGGGGGCGGCGCCCAAGGGCGUGCGGACCUUGACGUCCUCGGAGAGCGAGGGCAUGCGCAAGGUCGUGCCCAUCUCCAGGGCCAGCCGGGGCUCCUCUGGCUGGAAGCAGCCCCCUCGGGAGCCCCCCAGCGCCACAGACGAGCCGUGGUCACGCCAGAACUCUGUGAAGGGCCCCUCGGACACGUCACCCAGGAGGUCCUCGAAGGGGGCGGGGGCGGGAGCCGAGGUGACCGAGGACCAGCGGCCACCUCGAGGGAGGGUCGGCUCCUGCGGCGCCCGGCCCGGGAAGGAGCCCGCCCUGCAGUCCAGGGGCUCCCUGAAGAAGCCCAGUGCCAAGCCCCUCCGGAACGUCCCCAGGCAGAAGCCCGAGGAGAUUAAGUUCUGCCGCUCCAACUCCCAGGGCCCCCAGAGCCCCCAGAGUCCCCAGAGCCCAGAAGAAGAGCCCAAGUCCCCUCCACCGGCCCCCGGGGUCCCCCGUGUCCCAUCCCACCUCCCGAGCUUUGCCCGGAACACAGUGGCCUCGUCAUCCCGGUCCCUGAAAACGGAUUCUCUCCCCGUGACCAAGGCCCCCGGCCUCACCCGGGCAGUCUCCCAGCGGCAGCUGAGGGUGAAGGGCGGCUCUGAGGAUGCCCUCGCCAAGGACAGUGGCACCUUGCGGCGGGCCAACAGCAGCCGGGCCCCCAGGAGGUAUCCCGAGUCUCCUGAGGGUCCCGGUGCCAACACGGAGGCCUCUCUGAAGGGCAGAGGGGCUGGGGAAAGAACCUCCUUCAGACAGAAAAACUCCAGUCGGACCACACUGGGGAAGAUCCUUAAUCCUUUGUGGAAGUGAUGGGUGCCUGUCCUCACCUCCCGGGGUUACCCUGAGGGCUGACGGCUGGGAUAGGCCAACACCAGGUGUCUUUAUCCACAUCAGGCAAAUCUCAUGCCACCUGCUCGUGCUCAUGUCAUUGAGGGUAUGAUCCAGGAGGCUUCUGGACUGCAACCUGCUGUCGAGUCCCCAUCCACCUGUCACUGGCCGGCACCUGCCACACCCACCCCUAGCUGUGCGCGGGCAAACCCUCUCCCCCCAAAACAAAGACUCAGGCCUGCAGAUGGCAUUCUUAUGUAACAAGUUAAAAAAAAAGGAAUUUUGGCCAAUUUUCCCCACAUCAAAGGCUUAUUUUUCAAUAUAAAAUUUGAAUGUUUUAGUUGGUUUCUUUUGCAGAGUGAAUAAUACCUCCUGGGAAAAAAGACAGAAGAAAAACUGUUUUGUAUGAAGAUAUUUUAAUUUCCCUGUGUUCCCUGGCCUCCGGGUUCUGCCUGCCCACCCUCUGUCCAUUGCUGGCAACUGGACUUCUCCACAGCCUCUGGUGUCCUGUGGUUGGCACCUCAUCCUUGAAGACUCUUCCUUGUUCACCUCUCCCUGCGUGACUUGGGGUGAGGGUUUGCGUGUGAGCAGGAGGGAAAGUGAGGUUGGCGGACAGAGAUCGGUGCUCCUGUGUGUGCAGUAUGGGCACCGUGAGCAGAGGGACGUGCACUUUGGGGGCCCCGUGGCUAGAGGGGAGCCCCCCUGCAGACAGGUGGCAGCCCGGGGAGAAUGCUGGGUCUUUCAGAAUUUAGAAGUGCCAUAUUUUAAUGGAAAGACAUCAGGGGCUGUUCAACUGAUCACACCUCUUCCAUGUUUUCCCAUUUGUGUUUCUUUUGUACAACUGAGUGAAGGCUGCUAUGACUUGUGUUCGCUCUAGUUACAGGUGAGAUAAACCUUUCCGUCUCCCAGUCCUUUUUCCCCUCCUCUCUUUGCCUGCUCCCAGCCCCUUCCUUCUUU